AUGGCGACUUCGACCUUUGGAUUUGAUACAACCGGCAGGGAAGUUGCCAAAGCUUUCGCAGGCAAUGUUGGCGGCAGGACAUUCCUCAUUACCGGCCCCAGUGCAGGAGGCGUAGGCGCUGUCACCGCCACCAGCCUUGCCGUCUCCCAACCGGCCCAGCUCAUCCUAGCCGGCCGAACACGCUCCAAAAUCGAGCCUGUGCUCCAGGAGAUCAAUGCUAUCAAUCCGGACAUCAGAGUCGACUUCGUCCAUCUUGACCUAGGUGAUCAGGCCUCCAUCCGUUCCGCUGUCGAUGCCAUCAACAGAAUCGCCCCCAAGAUCGACGUCCUCAUCAACAACGCGGGAAUCAUGGCCCUCAAAGAGUACCGAACGACUCCUGAGGGCAUCGAAGCUCAAUUUGGAACUAACCAUAUCGGGCAUUUCCUCCUGACGAAACUCCUACUGCCAAAGAUCAUCGCUGCCGGCAAGGGAGCCCGUAUCGUGAACGUCAGCAGCAACGGGUACCUACUAUCUGGCGUCCGCUUCGACGACCACAACUUCAAUGGCGGCAACAGCUACAAUCCCUGGCUCGCGUACGCGCAGUCCAAGACUGCAAAUAUCCUCUUCACGUUUGGCCUGGCCGAAAGGCUUAAGGAUAGAGGCAUCCUCUCGUUCGCUGUCACGCCCGGCCUAGUCCUCGAGACCAAAUUACAAGCCGACGUGUCACAAGAACUAUUCGCCAAAGGUAUAGAGACUUACAAGGAAGUUUACGCCGGCAGAGAGAUGCCACCAUUGGAGAAACCGAAGCCACUGGCAGCGUCCGCUUCGACAACGCUGGUUGCGGCGCUAGAUCCAAGCCUUGAGGGGAAGUCUGGUGCCUAUCUUCAGAACUGUCAGACUACGGAUGUCGAGCCACAUGGGACAGGGGGAGAAAAUGCGGAUCGGCUGUGGGCGUUGAGCGAGAGACUUGUGGGAGAGAACUUUGAAUGUUAG